AGAUACUGACUCGGAAGCAUCAUCAGGAACCAUGAGAGUCCACCCUCUGUACGCCUUCCUUCUACUCACUGUGAUAGUGAUAUGGCUAGACUGCACGGCAGCAAAAAGUGGAUGCCCUUCAAUCCCUGCAAACGCUCACUGUCGGGGCCAUCAUGAUUCAAACAAAUGUAGAAAAGACAAUGACUGCAAAUCUUGGCAAAGGUGCUGCUAUAAUGGGUGCUACUGGGACUGUGCAGAUGUCCCUCAUGAUGGAUGCCCUUCAAUCCCUGCAAACGCUCGCUGCUGGGGCCAUCAUGAUUCCAACAAAUGUAGAAAAGACAAUGACUGCAAAUCUUGGCAAAAGUGCUGCUAUAAUGGGUGCUACUGGGACUGUGAAAAUGUCCCUCAUGGUGGCCCCCCUCCACACCAUCCACCACCAGACCAUCAUCCUGGACAUUAAUCUCACCAUUAAAACUCUAACUCUGCUCUGACACAGAAACCCUUUGUCCCAUGUUGCUGAUUAGCUGCUCAUCUCAGCACAACGAAUAGGAAGACCUUGGGAUCGGUUUGUUGGCUUUUACAAAUAAAUUAACUUGUGCAUUUA